AUGAAUUUCUUUCAUCCACUUCUACAAACUUUGCAAUUCAUGCGUUUCAAUCUUAGUGCUGAUCGAUAACAAACUACUCUUAAUCUCCUCAACCCACAGAUCAAACUUGAAGAGAAUGACCCACUCCUUCCUCCCAUCUAUUAAAUGACGUAAUAGGAACUACUACAAAGACACAUGGCCGAUUCCAAACCUCUCGGAAUGUAAAUGUAGACUCUUCCCCAAUAGCAAGAGCAACCUAAAGCUAUUAACAAGAAAAUAAGCAAAAAAACCAACACUUGUGGCCAUCCAGACAAAGAACAUUAUGCCAAGGGAAUGUGCAACAAUUGUUAUCAUCGUUUAGGCAGAAACAAACAGCCUUGGCUAUGUUCACACAAAAAAUUAUAUGCAUGUGGACUCUGUUAGAAUUGCUAUAUCAAUCAAUAUAAUAAAAAACGAAGAGUCGAAAAUCAAGAUCAACAAGAAUCAGAACUCAAUAACCACUCCAGCAUACCAAAACCAGACAAUUGAUUCUUUAUUUUUAUCUAAUUUGUAAUUUUUUCAUAUCUUUU